UUUUGUUUACACCCAAAUUCCAGGCAAAUUUCUUUAUCAACAGAUCGAAAUCCCAAAAUAGGUGUUGUUAUCAUCUGAUUUCAAUUAAUACGACAAAAGAUCCUAUCCUUCGAUUCUGCUGUGUUUCAGGAAGCAAAACAGAUUAUACAUACACACAGAGAAUUUAUGAUGGGAAAAGAGUUGAAAUUUGACAGAUGGGGUUAUGAAGUGAAUACUAGUUCAGAUGCUUGUUUAUCUGCUAUCAAUUCUUACUAUCUUGAGGUUCUCAGUUAUGGAAGAAAGAGGUCAGUAAUAUUGGAAGCUCCGAUAAAUGAUCCAAAAUGCGUUCUGGGGAACAUUUUAGCUGCUCAUUUUCUCUGCUCCUCAGACCCUUCUCGUGCUCUACCACUAAUCGAUGCUGCCAAGUCCGGUCUUGAACAUGCUAGUUCAUAUGAGAAAGCGGUGUUUGAUGCCUUGUACUAUUUAAUUUCGCCGGAUAGAGAUGAUGAUGUGGCGGUGGAGCUACAUUCUAAGCUAUCACAAGAUUUUCCUAAAGAUCUUGUAUCUGUAAAGAGGGCUCAAGUGUUAUGCUUUUACAUGGGUCGACCUGAUUUAUCCCUGAAACUUGUAGAACAGGUCCUAACAAUAAAUGAUCAAGAAAAUUACAUACAUGGAAUGCUUGCCUUUCCAUUAUUAGAGCUUGGUCAAAUGGAAGCUGCAUUGAAAGCUGGAAAGAAGGGAUUUGAAAUCAACAAGGAUGAUCCGUGGGCGCAACAUGCUCUUUGUCAUGUAUAUCAGUACGAGUGUCAUUUCAAGGAAGCAGUGAAUUUCAUGGAAGAAUGUGCAAGAUCGUGGAGUUCAUUGUCAUCUUUUAUGUAUACGCAUAAUUGGUGGCAUGUUGCUCUAUGUUACUUGGAAGGUCACGCUCCUAUGGAGAAAGUACGAGAGGUUUAUGACCAGCAUAUAUGGAAGGAACUGGAAAGAAGUGAUGCUGUGCCUGCAGAAGUAUACUUAAAUGCUGUCGGUCUGUUACUGCGUGUGCAUGUACAUGGUGGACUCGAUAUAUUUGAGGACCGUCUGAAGAUCUUAGCUAUUUGUCUGAAAGAUAGAGCCUUUUGGUACCUCGAGUGGCACCUGGAUAUCUUGAUACUGUGGGCCUUAUCAUUUACGGGAGAAUUUGCUGAAGCAGAAAAUCUAUUAGAAGGCUUAAAAUUCAGGAUUUCUACAAUGAACAAGAAGAAGCAGCAGUUGAUGCAGAUUGGAGUUCAGCUUGCAGAAGCACUCUGCGAGUAUGGGAAGGGUGAGAAUGAAAAGGCAUUGGAAUUUCUUGGACACAAAUUCGAUGUCCUUAAUUGUAAGAUAAUUGGGGCAUCAGAUGAACAACUCGACGUAUUUAAUGAAAUAUGGAUCAGUUUGCUUCUAAGUACUGGACAAGCAUCGCUAGCUAUCCAAGCCAUCGAAAAACAGUUGAAGAAACGAGAACGUGCACCAUUCUUGUGGCGCCUCUUGGAGAAAGGUUAUUCAAUAUUAGGAAGGCCGGAAGCUGCAAGCUUUCGCGACAAAGCUAGCGUGCUAGAGGCCUCACAUUUCACUUAACCGAGAUUAAUAGAGCAGGAUCCUUGGGUACUAUGCUUAAGGAGGUCAAAAAAUAUGUUAUCCCACUUAAUUGCUGUUGAUGAUAGUGUUCUCUAUGUUCUAAACUUGCAUCAUUUGCUCUCAUUUGCUGUUUUCUAUGAUUUUUUUUUUUU